AUGAACAAACCAAAAAAGAGGCAAUCAAGAAAGCAACGAUCAAAAAAGAUAGAAACAAAAAAGAUAGAAUUAAUUGAUAACGAGAUUAUAAGUGCUAUGAAUGAAUAUAAAGCUAUGCCAAACUGCUACGUAAUGAUUAGUAAAAAAAUCAAUAAAGGAUUUUCCCCAAAGCAAAUUCGUCAGCGAUGGAUAAGUCAACUCGAUCCACGUCUUUGUCAAUGGCCACUCGAUAAUAAUGAAAAAUUUUACAUUAUCCACUGGGUUGAAGGAUAUAAAAUUAAGAAUCCAUCUAAGAACAUUAACUGGAAAGAAUUAAUUUUUGAGAUGGAAAAAAAAUUCGGUAAAUUUCGUUCAGAAAGUAAAGUGAAAAAUUAUUAUUCCUCAACGUUAAAACAAAGACGGAAAAGACAAUUACCUUCAAAUGAUAACGUAUUCAAUCAAAAUAAUAAUGUGCCAACAACCGUAUUACCUUCACCUCAAGAUAUUAACGUUCCAAAAGGCUAUCUUCAUGAUAUUGACUUUCCAAUAAUUAAAGGUUCUGACCGGAUAAAAAUUAAAAAUUUGUUAAAUUGAUAAAUAAUACAUUCUAAUUAGCUUAAAAAACAAUCAUGUUUAUACGAUAUAUAUAUAUUUUAAAUCGAC